GCCUCGGACUCUGAAACGUGAAGGAUUCAGCACAGCCCUUAAUCUCCUGUCACUACGCCUCUCGUUCAUUGAAUGUCGACAUAAAUCACUCAUAUUCCUUGACAACAUUCGAAGGUAUCUCUGUCCCUACUCUCCCAAGUAUAGGUUUCUCCAUCGUCUGCCAACACGGGUUUGGCGGUAGGUUGCCCGGCAUCGAUGGCCGCAUCACGCCGCCGGACACCUGGCCGUCCCGCCGUUCCCCGGCCGGCCUGGGCGCGGUUGGCGGGAUUGAACACCAUUCUUCUCGGUGUUUUCGCCGUGCUUCUCAUAACUGUCUUGAUAUAUGGAUGUGUUCGCGCAAGCGGUUUGAAUGCGGCCUUCAUCCUCUACAAAGGCCCUUGCUCACAAUCCAAGACGAUCAAUCUGUCCCUCCACCUGCUUCUCAACGUCUUCGGAACUCUUAUCCUGGCCUCAUCCAACUACUUCAUGCAGAUUCUCAAUGCGCCUUCUCGAGCCGAACUCGAUCACGCCCACGCUCGCUCGGGCUGGGUCAACAUCGGCGUUCCAUCGAUACGCAACUUCAUCUAUCUCGGCCCCGUCAAAUUCACCUGCUGGCUCAUCCUAGCCUGCAGUUCCGUUCCGCUUCAUCUCUUCUUCAACUCGCUUGUAUUUGAGGUCGCAGAAAUUCGGUCUGGUUUUGAGAUGACCAUAGCAACAGAAACCUUCCUCGAGGGCGCCGAGUACUUUGAACCUGGUGCCAGUCUA